GCUCUCUGUUGAAGUAAUGUCUGCCUGUCAUCUAUUAGUAAUACUGUUGUGCUUCAUGAGUAAUGGAAUAUUCCUGGAGGCUAAUGGAGAGUCUUGUACUGAAGGAUUUAUGGAUUAUAGUCUUCUACAGGGUAAAGCAGCAACUCCACAUGGAUAUUUACGUAAUAACAGAUUAUCUAAUUAUAACAACACUGUGGUGGAUGUAGCAACAAGAUGGAUUAUCAUUGAGGACAAUAUAAAAUUCACAUGUGCUACAGUUAUAACAGAAAUAUUGAUUGGAGUUGAUAUAAGAACAAUUGAUGGUAUAAGAAAUCUAUAUCCAAGAUUUGAAGUAUGGGCUCCAACUAAUGAUAAUGAUGUGUACACUAGAGAGAUGUCUGUUGAAAUCAGACUGACUCCUGAUAACUUUACAACUAAUGGACAGUAUCGUUUCACUCUCCCUACUCCAUUAAAUGUCUCCAGUGGAUACAGGAUUGGUGUAUAUCAACCUCCUGGUGACAGAAGUGUUGUUAGAUUUCAUUAUAUUAACCUACCUGGUAUGAUUGAUAAAGAUAGAACAGGAAAAGUACAAACAAAUCUCAUUAACAACAGUGACAUUAAAAUAUCAGGAGGAGGUCGACAGGUUGACCAUGAAGAAGUCACUAUACUAAUACAUCCAAUAGUACAGAAUACAAGUUGCUUUCCACAAUUUGUACCUGAUGACGUAAUCAAUUCAUUAAGUUAUUCUAUUACUGAUUCAUAUUAUGUUUCUGAUACUAGAAUAUUUCCUGAUAUAAGGUUCACAUGUCAUGGUAUUAUUACUAACUGGAUAGUUUAUGCUCCUGCACAAGUAUCAGUAAUUAAAAUAAGACAUUCAAAUAAUCUCACUACUACAGCAACAACAUUGAACACUAGUGCUAGUAAUGCUGUUAGGAUAACUUCUCUUUUAUAUAAUUUUACUAUGAGCAAUGAGAUAACAGUACAACCUGGUGAUAUAUUGAUGAUUGAAAGUAAUUCUACUAAUUUAAUGUUCUAUCAUCAAUACAAUGGACCACACAAUUACAGACUGGGGGACAACAAUGAGUUAAUUGCAUUAGAUACCAAUGACUAUCCACUCAUCUCAGUUGUAGUAGAGCCUUUCACAAACACUGCUACUUCAACAAUCAGUAGUACACAUAUUAAUACUGUCAUUACUGUGCUUCCAUCAUCAAGCAUAUACUCCACAGCUACUGUAACAGUGGAAUCAAUGGAAUAUACUAAAACUAACUCAAUAUCAAGUAACAGUUUAUCAUUGACUAUAGGUACUACAUCAAUGAUGAGUACACCAGUUAGUACAUUACAAAGUACAGACAGUAAUACACUAAUACUAGUAGGAAGUAUUAGUACAGUAUUUAUAUUACUGGUAGUUACUAUACUAGUAAUAUUAAUAGUGAGUGUAUUAGUGUGUAGGAGAUUAUGGUAUAAAACAACAAAUAGAAAUGAUACUUUUAGGUCUACUGAAAGAGAAGCUGAUAUAAAUCAACAAUCAGAUGCACCAAAUAUGGAAAAAUCACUAUUAGCAUCAACUAAUCCUGCCUAUGGAGUUACUGGUGAAAACUGUAAUACUGAUGUAUCUGCUAAUCCUGCUUAUGGUAUUACUGAAAGUAAGAUAGACUAUUAUUAUCAAUCAAUACAACUAUUAAUAGAAUCUGGUGUAUCUGCUAAUCCUGCUUAUGGUAUUACUGGAGCAAUAGAAAGUAUUGAUGAAGAAGCAUUAGUAUAUGAUGAACCAAGAACAAUGAUGUAUAAUAAACAAGAGGUUACAAUAACACAAAAUGAAGCAUAUGGACAAUUAUAAAGCAACAAACUACACUUUCUACAUUGAAAUAGUUUAAUUACAUUAGUGUGUGCAUUU